CCCCUCGGAUUGGUGGGCGGCCCAGCCCCGGGUCACGGCCAAGCCAGGCUGGAUCACGAUCGGGGCCGGGCCCUCGGUAGAGCGCCGGGCGGCGCUGCAGGUGGUGGCGUGUCGCCUCGGCCUCGAGGUCCUUCGAGCCACCCCUCCCUCCCCCUCCCAGGCGUUCAGCGAUUGCUCCGCGGAGACGCCGGGCGCGGCUGCGGAGGUGGUGGCGGCGCGGGGUGUCCGCGGUGGCGAACCCGAUGGCGGCCCUGGCGGCGACGGCCUUGGCGGCGACCCCGGCUUCGCAGAGGCGGCGGCGGCGGCGGUUGUGGCGUCGUGGGGGCUUCACCGUGGCGGGCAGGACGGCGACCCCGGCUGCGUUGGCGGCCCGGCUGGCGGCGGCCUGGAUGGCGACCGCAGCGACAACCUCAGGGCGACCCCGCACGACGGCGGCCCCGACGAUGCCGACGACGUUCCCGACGACGAUGUUGACGCCGACGGCUCCUUUGCCGACGACGCUGGUAACGGCGACCCCGACGACGACCGCGGCCUUCCGCCCCCCGCUGGUCAGCCCCUCCUCCGACGGCGGCGACUUGCGCGACGACCGACGGCGGCCCCGCCACGGAAACGGCGGCUCUGGAGGCGACCCGGCGGCGGUCAUGACGAAGAAGCGGCGGGCGUGGCUGCGGCGGCCCCACGACGUCGACGACGACGGCUUCCCGCCCACCCCCGGGUCCCCUGGUGGUGGUGGCGGCGGUCCCGGUGGUGCGACGGGACCCGUCGUCUGCGCGAUUCCCGCUUCAUGCGAGGACGCUCCGCCUCCUCCUCCUCCGCCUCCUCCGCCUCCUCCGCCUCCCCAAAGGGGACGGCGCCACUGACGCCGACGGUGGCUGCCUUUCGGCCGCCUCGUGGCCCGGCGGGUCGGCGCCACCGCUUUCGCAGCGGCGCCGCUCUUGCUGCUUUGCAUGCUGCGCGUGGGCCUCCUGGGCGCUUCUUGGGGCCAUCUUGGAGGAGAUCGACCAAACAAGAGGGGGGCA